AUGACCAGUUUUAAGGAGGACCCAGUUCUUGGAAGUAACGACAUGAUAAUAAACAAGGAAGGUUCUGAAACUGGCAGUAGCAGCAGGUCCCCUGUUGUGGAAAAGGCGAGAGAGGAAGGUCAAAGUGGGAGAGACAUGGCACCUGCUGGGAAUUCCAUUCACCGUUCUGCUUCAAGGCCCCAGCUUGACCUUAGCAAGGCUGCAAUUCAGGGCAAUUUUGAGGAGAGGGAUCCCACAAUUCUGCUGCCUAACCAAUCUGAUGACAUUUCGCACUUGGCUCUUGAUAUUGGAGGAUCUCUAAUCAAACUCGUAUAUUUCUCAAGACAUGAAGAUAGAUCAAAGAAUGACAAAAGAACAAAGACGCUCCAGGAAAAGCUGGGAAUAUCAAAUGGUAGCAGGAGAAGCUUCCCUGUUCUUGGUGGAAGGUUACACUUUGUGAAGUUUGAGACAACCAAGAUUAAUGAGUGCUUGGAAUUCAUCUCUUCCAAACAGCUCCAUUGUGGUGGAGUAGAUGCAUGUAAUGGACUUCUUGGAGCUUCAGGCAACCAAAAUGCUGUAAUCAAGGCCACAGGUGGUGGGGCGUACAAGUUUGCUGAUCUCUUUAAGGACAGACUUGGGGUUAGUCUUGACAAGGAAGAUGAAAUGGAUUGCCUUGUUGCAGGAGCAAACUUUUUGCUUAAGGCUAUUCGUCAUGAAGCGUUCACCCACAUGGAAGGUCAGAAAGAGUUUGUCCAGAUGGAUGACAAUGAUCUGUUUCCUUAUCUUCUAGUAAACAUUGGUUCUGGUGUUAGCAUGAUAAAGGUUGAUGGAGAUGGGAAGUUCCAGCGUGUUAGUGGGACCAAUGUUGGUGGCGGUACAUAUUGGGGAUUGGGGAAGCUGUUAACCAAGUGCAAGAGUUUUGAUGAAUUGCUGGAGCUGAGUCAAAGGGGUGACAAUAGGACUAUUGACAUGCUUGUUGGUGACAUUUAUGGUGGGACGGAUUAUAAUAAGAUUGGUCUGUCAGCAUCAACUAUCGCGUCUAGUUUUGGGAAGGCUAUUUCUGAACAGAAGGAACUUGAAGACUACAGCCCUGAAGAUAUUUCUUUGUCCCUCUUACGAAUGAUUUCAUACAAUAUCGGGCAGGAAAGAAAACUGAUAUCUAUUUACUAG